AUGCAAAUAUACGGGCUCGUUUUCAUUGCUAAGAAUCGUCCAAAUCCUGUUCCUUUGCAAAAUGUUUCUGUUGAGGCGAACAUCGUUGAUAUGAUUGCAGAAACAACGGUUUGUCAAACAUAUAAAAACGUUGAAAAAGAUGCGAUAGAAGCCAUUUACAAAUUCCCACUUCAUGAAGCCGCAGCA